UGUAAAUAUUAUUAAAAUUAAAUAAGUAUAGAAAUAUUUCUCAAUAUAUGUGUGGAGAUGAAAUAAUUCAGUUACAAUAAGUUUUAUAAAUAAGUAGAAUAAACAAAAUGACGAAGUUUACUUGGCGGUGGAGAAAUUCCACAAAAAAUUUAAUAGCUCGUUUGCAAUUACGUUACGCUUAUAUGAAACUUUGUUUUCAUUCCUUAACAUAUAAUAUACACACAAAUCCUUCUUAUGCCACCGAUGUGUGCAUGGAACCGAUCUUUUGGAUUGUCGAUAAUUAUACACAUCUAUUAGGCCCAUUUUUUGUUAUAGGUGUAGCUAUAUUAACUACAGCUGUAGUAACAAUUGCUUAUUGGAUUGGCUUACCAUAUUGGUGGGCUAAAAGUACAAUAGGCACUAUAAUACUUUUAGUAAUAGGAAAUUGGCUUUUAAUAAAUGUUAUUUUUCAUUAUGUAAUGGCCAGUAUUACUCCAGCCGGGAAACCACCUGAGGGUGUUCAACUCAUUGAAGCUGUUAGUAUUUGUAAGAAAUGCAUACUUCCAAAACCUCCACGUACUCAUCAUUGCUCAGUUUGUAAUAAAUGUGUUUUAAAAAUGGAUCAUCAUUGUCCAUGGCUUAAUAACUGCGUCGGUUAUAGUAAUCAUCGAUACUUCUUCCUUUACAUGGCCUAUACUACGAUUGGGUGUUUAUUCCUAAUCGUAUUUGGUUUUGAAAUAGGCUAUAACUAUUUAUGGUUAGAACAUGGUGAUAAUUGGAUAGAAACAGAACCGCUAAUAGGGCAACCUGUUAAAUUUAAUUUAAGUGGACAUAUUAUUCCGGUGACGCAUGGUAAUGAAUAUGAUGAUGAAAUAUUAUUACCAGCUGAACAUAAUUUGCCAACACCAACAUUUAAUGAAUUAUCCGUAACACCAGAGAAACGUCGUGCUUUAAUGUUUAUGGCAUUUGUUAAUGUGGCUGUAGUUUUGGCUUUGGGUACACUCUGCAUUUGGCAUGCGAGGCUGAUCACACGUGGCGAAACUAGCAUAGAGGCAAAUAUUAAUGAUUCAGAACGUAAACGCUUAUCAGGUCAUAAUAGAUGUUAUGUUAAUCCAUAUGACUUCGGUCCGAAAAAGAAUUGGAAAAUGUUUCUUGGUUUAGUUAGAGGACGAACCUUUUGGCGUACUGUUAUAUUACCAUCCUGGCAUAAGCCAGAAGGCAAUGGUUUAAGUUUCUAUACCGUACACGAUGAAUGGCCAUAACAAUUAAUAUCAGUAUAGUGUCAAAGCACUAUACGAGCAUAAAACCGCAAAGUGGCAUUGUAUUGUAUUGAAUUUAAUUUAAAAUAUUUAGUAAAAUUAGCUUAUAACUUCAUUCCUUAAUUUAUGAAUUCAUUAUGACCAUAAAGACUUUUUUUGUGAUUAAAAUUUUUAAUAAAGUUGAAUUUUAUUU